CCGGUGUUUAAGUACUAUUGAUAAUCUUUUGAAAAGGCUUUUACUCGUUUUUAGAAGUAGGUAUUUUAGUAUAAAUACCACACUCCUGCUUAAUUUUUAGUUUAACUAAGUGGUAGCUUUGUUUUGCACGUGAAAAUUUGAUUGCUUGCCACAAUAAAAUGAACUAUUUCCUUACAUUAUGCUUUAUUGGACUAACCGCUGGUACUGCUGUACUAGCUGUUGAAUGUCCUCUACCGGGAAAUGAAGCAACUUACUAUCCAGAUCCAGCUAAUUGCUCCGAGUAUAUUGAGUGUUAUGCUGGAAAGGCAAAUAUAAUGGAAUGUCCACCAGAUCUAUGGUGGAACCAAGAAAAACAAUAUUGUGAUUACAAAUCGAAUGUUGACUGCAAAAUCGAUCCAUCAGCUCCAACAGAGGCUCCACGUACAAGAGCUACAGAGGCUCCUAGACCAUCAGAUUUUACUCCAGAUCCUCACUGCCCUUAUCCCUCUGACGUAAUUACCUACGAUUACGUUCCUGGUAAUUGCUCGCAAUAUUACGAAUGUGACCACGGACUCAGAUAUCUUGAAACUUGUCCCUCCAAUAGAUUAUGGAAUCAUAUCAAAAACUACUGUGAUUUCCCUGACGAAGUUGACUGUAGUCGUGCUCCAGUAACAACAACCACACCUGGACCUUCAACUACCCCAAAUCCAGUUUGUGUUGGCCAAAAAGACGGAACCCUGUUACCAGAUAAAGAUGAUUGCGCCAAAUAUUACGAAUGUCUACGAGAACAGGCUAUUGAAUUUACUUGUCCCUCUGGUACCUUGUGGAAUCAAGAUGCACAGGAUUGUGACUAUCCUGCUAACGUUGAUUGCAAAGUGACACCUGCAAGUUUCUAAAUUUAUAUUUAGUACUUUACUAAAUAUUAGAAGAAGGCAAUAACAACUAUCCCUCCAAUAUUUAUUAUUGUAUAUAAAUAUAUUACCAAAAAAUAAAAAUAUAAACUUGUACUUAUGUU